GGAACAGCAACCUCGCCUCACCUCCGCAGGACCAGGAUUCGCUAGGUGGGCGGGGCUCGCAGGCGUCAAAACUGGCCGUUGGCUACGUAUGCAGAGGCGGGGCCAUAGGUCUCGCCCUGCCAAAGCCUAGGGGGGCGGGGUUUCUGAAAUACUGCCUUGCUAUUGGCUUACUUAGGAAGGCGGGCCUCCAGUUGCCAUUCUCUAUUGGCUUUGCCGAACAGAGGCGGGACCUAAAGGUGUCACGCCCUACCAUUGGCUGCGCCGGACGGGGUCUGCGGCGCUUCUGUGUUGUCAUUCGGCCGCGAGUAGAGGACACGGGCAAGAUGGCGGCGGUGGCUGGUCUGGUGCGGGGACCUUUGCGGCAGGCUUCCGGGCUGCUGAAGAGGCGUUUCCACCGCUCGGCGCCCGCGGCGGUGCAGUUGACAGUUCGUGAAGCCAUUAAUCAAGGUAUGGAUGAAGAACUAGAAAGAGAUGAAAAGGUUUUUCUGCUUGGGGAAGAAGUUGCCCAGUAUGAUGGUGCAUACAAGGUUAGCAGAGGCCUGUGGAAGAAAUAUGGUGACAAGAGGAUCAUAGAUACUCCCAUAUCGGAGAUGGGCUUUGCUGGAAUUGCUGUUGGUGCAGCUAUGGCUGGGUUGCGGCCCAUCUGUGAAUUUAUGACCUUCAAUUUCUCUAUGCAAGCUAUUGACCAGGUCAUAAACUCAGCUGCCAAGACGUACUAUAUGUCUGCUGGCCUCCAGCCGGUGCCCAUAGUGUUCAGGGGGCCCAACGGCGCCUCAGCGGGCGUGGCUGCUCAGCACUCGCAAUGCUUCGCUGCGUGGUAUGGGCACUGCCCCGGUUUGAAAGUGGUCAGCCCCUGGAAUUCCGAGGAUGCAAAAGGACUUAUUAAGUCGGCCAUUCGUGAUGAUAAUCCAGUGGUGAUGCUAGAGAAUGAACUGAUGUAUGGAGUUGCAUUUGAACUUCCCACAGAAGCUCAGUCAAAAGAUUUCCUGAUUCCUAUUGGAAAAGCCAAAAUUGAAAGGCAAGGGACCCACAUCACUGUAGUUGCCCAUUCAAGACCAGUGGGCCACUGCCUAGAAGCUGCAGCUGUAUUGUCUAAGGAGGGAAUUGAAUGUGAGGUGAUAAAUCUGCGGACCAUCAGACCAAUGGACAUUGAAGCUAUAGAAGCCAGUGUCAUGAAGACAAAUCAUCUCGUAACUGUGGAAGGAGGCUGGCCACAGUUUGGAGUAGGAGCUGAGAUUUGUGCCAGAAUUAUGGAAGGCCCUGCAUUCAACUUCCUUGAUGCGCCUGCUGUUCGUGUCACUGGUGCUGAUGUCCCUAUGCCUUACGCAAAGAUUCUAGAAGACAACUCCAUACCUCAGGUCAAAGACAUCAUAUUUGCAAUAAAGAAGACUUUGAAUGUCUAAUUUAGACGUUGAAUGUCAAGUCAGUGAAAUUUAUUUAAAAUACGUGUUGGGACUUCCCCUGACGUGUACUGGGAGACUUACUAGUCAGGAGUUAAUGCUGACGUGGCAGCAGGUGUCUCUGUACUGGUAAGAAGUUUAAAUGUGCUUAUGAGUAGAAUGUUUUCUACUCCCUACCCUAGAUGCUCUGCUCUCUUUGUCUGUUACUAUUAAGUUGGUCUAGUCUUUGAAUAAGAUUAAUAUAAAAAUUUGCCCUCUUUCAUUAGAAGGGGCAAGAUAGAAUGCCCCCAUGGAAGAUAACUUAUAUGUCUAAAUAAAACAUAUAUUCUCUACAUUUGCUGUUAAACUGUUUUGAUAAGGAAUAAAGGGGAUUCCUACCUAUGA